AGGCUCCUCCUAGUCAAGACACCGCCAUAAAGAUGUGACAAUAUUUAAGAAUAGGUCAUCCCAUGCUCUCUCUUGAGAACAGUGUCGGUGAGAUCGAUGUCAUUACUUUUCAGAGACGCUCCCAUGGUUAGAGAGAUGAACUUCGAGGGGGACAGCGGCCUGUCAGUGAUUUGUGGAAAUGGGAAACUUAGACAGUGGCUGAUCGAUCAGAUUGACAGCAGCAUCUAUCCCGGACUGGUUUGGGAGAAUGAAGAGAAAAGCAUUUUCAGGAUUCCGUGGAAACAUGCGGGCAAACAGGAUUACAAUCGUGACGAGGAUGCUGCACUCUUCAAGGCCUGGGCAUUGUUCAAAGGGAAACAUAGGGAAGGAGUGGACAAACCAGACCCCCCCACAUGGAAGACCAGACUGCGAUGUGCUCUGAACAAAAGCAAUGACUUUGAUGAGCUGGUGGAGCGAAGCCAACUGGACAUAUCCGAUCCUUUCAAAGUCUACAGAAUCAUACCGGAGGGAGCUAAGAGAGGGAUCAAGAUGGCAGAGACAACGUCCCACAUGAGCUCAGUCAACAGCUACCCUAUGCACUCUCUAUACCCAUCUCUACAGAGCCAGGUGUCUGGCGGAUUCAUCAUUCCUCAGGAGAGGAAGGAGUGGAGGGAUUACAGCCACGCACUAGACCAGCCUCAGCUUCACCAGCCACCCCACACUGAGCUGCAGUACAGCCAGUGCCACUACCCACAGCCACUCAGCCGACCCUGGCACACCGGGCCACACACAGAUAACGGUUAUCAGUUUACUGGCUCCUUCUGUUCCUACUCUUCCUCAGAGUCUCACCCCACAGCAUUUAAAAUGGACCACAACAUGUCUACCCUUUCUGACUUCCGACUGCACGUAUCCCUGUUCUACCGUGAGUCUCUGGUCAAGAAGGUAACCACCUCUAGUCCUGAAGGCUGCCGGAUCACCUCUUCUUCCUCCUCAUCUUCCUCUCCGUCCUCCCUCUGCCACGAGGACAGGCUGUACAGUGGUGCAGAGACAGUGCAGUUCCCCUCCCCUUACCCCCAGUCUCAGAGGAGAGGGGCAGAGAAGCUACCCAACGUCCUGGAGAGGGGCGUGCUCCUGUGGAUGACGUUAGAUGGGCUCUAUGCCAAGCGGCUGUGCCAGAGCCGAGUGUACUGGGAAGGCCCGCUGGCACCCUACACGGACAAACCCAAUAAAUUGGAGAAAGAACAGACCUGCAAGCUGUUUGACACCCAGCAGUUCCUCACUGAGCUGCAGGGUUAUGCCCACCAUGGCCGUCCCAUGCCCAGGCACCAGGUGGUGCUGUGUUUCGGAGACGAGUACCCGGACCCCCAGCGCCAGGCCAAGAUGAUCACAGCACAGGUGGAGCCCAUGUUUGCCAGGGGCAUGAUAUACUUCAGCCAGCAGAGCAGCAGUCACUGCCUGAGGGACUAUGAGCUACAGGGACACACAGAGAUCUCCCUUCCGGCUCCAGGAGACUACCAGAGGACCCUGCAACAGAGCUCCCCUCUAGCUCCAGGAGACUACCAGAGGACCCUGCAACACAUGCAGGAGUAACACACAAACAGGCCUCAGGAGCCAUGGACAUGAAUGUAGAUUGACCAAUGAGCUUUACAUCGCUUCUCCUGAAUAGUGUACAGUAUACUGAGGUCUUGGACUAAAAUACCUUACUGUAAUUUCAACGUAAGACUGGAUUGUGCCUCCAUUGUCAGUGUCAGCAGUUUGAGCCAAUGAUGAAUGUUAAAAAUGGGGGCGCGUAAAGAAUCUACCCUAGUUUGUACAGCCUUACAAUUAUUUUUGUAAUCAACCAUUUUUUUUGUUCUAUUAAAUGAUAUGAAAAAGUGAAUACCUAUCACAAGA